GGAGGAGUGACUGGCAGGGAGGAUGGAGUGAUAAGGGCAGGAGGAAGUUGAUAGGGUGACAUGUGCUGACUCAUAAGGAACCAGAAGCUAAGAAGAAACCAGCAAGAGGCUGCCCUGUGUCUUGCCCUGCAGCCGUCAAGUCCAGUAUCACCCCAGUCAUUCGGUCCAGCUGGUGAUGAGAUGGGGACCAGUCAGUCCAUGUGCUUUCCGCCUGUCUCCGGACCCCACCUUGUAGGCUGUGGGGAUGUGAUGGAGGGCCAAAGUCUCCAGGGGAGCUUCUUUCGACUCUUCUACCCCUGCCAAGAGGCACGGGAGGCCACGGAGCAACCACUGUGGAUUCCCCGCUAUGAGUACUGCGUUGGCCUGGCUGAUUACCUGAAGUUUAACAAGCGCUGGGUGGGGUUGCUGUUCAACCUGGCCAUGGGAUCUUGUCGCCUGCCUGUUAAUUGGAAUGGCCCCUUUAAGACAAAGGACUCUGGAUAUCCCUUGAUCAUCUUUUCCCACGGCCUAGGAGCUUUCAGCAUUUAUGGUGCAGAACUGGAACAAUGUCCAUGCCCUCCUCUUGCACAGGAUAAGGAUGUUUACAAAGGUAGCAUCGACAUGAGCCGUGUGGCUGUGAUGGGACAUUCGUUUGGAGGGGCCACAGCUAUUCUGGCUUUGGCUGAGGAGGCCCAGUUUCGGUGUGCUGUGGCCCUGGAUGCGUGGAUGUUUCCUCUGGAACGGGACUUUUACCCCAAGGCCCAGGGCCCUGUGUUCUUUAUCAAUGCCGAGAAAUUCCAAACAGUGGAGAGUGUCAACUUGAUGAAGAAGAUAUGUGCCCAGCACGAACAGUCCAAGAUCAUAACUGUCCUUGGCUCUGUACAUCGGAGUCAAACUGACUUUGCUUUUGCAACUGGCAGCUUAAUUGGAAAAUUCUUCUCCUCUCACACCCGAGGGAGCUUGGACCCCUACCAAGGUCAGGAAAUUAUGGUGCGGGCCAUGUUGGCUUUCCUGCAGAAACACCUCGACCUGCAAGAGGACUAUGACCAGUGGAACAACCUCAUUGAAGGCAUCGGACCAUCUCUCACUCCGGGGGCCCCGCACCACCUGUCCAGUCUAUAGGCACAACCAGCCAUUUCUAAAAGAUCACACAAGCUGAGUUGCCAUUUAAGGGCUGCCCAGGAGCACCCAUACCCUAUCAGGAAGUGGUCAGCAUGACCAUUUUGCACAGAUUGAGAGGAUAUAAUCACAUUGCUGAUUGGAUGACUGGGUACUUUAAUCUUGGACUUGAUGUGAAACUCAUAUUGGGACUGAUCACUGGCUAAUUGGCAAACUAACUCUCUGGGGCCUAGUCCCUGAUGCUGUGGGGAGCAAACAGUGGGCUAGGGCUGGAAGGGCCCCAGGCUCCAAGCUGAGCCCCUGAAGUCUGGGUGGAGACAACCUGGGGAGCUAGUGGGCCUACUCCCUCACAGUGGGCCAGGGCUGCUUCGUUAGCAGAAGAAGUAAGAAGCCAAGGGACAAAGUGCAAAUCUUUGGGCCCCUCACCUGGCCUGGCACUCUCUUCCUGCCCCUCAGCCUUCUUCCUUGCAGGGCCACUUGCUGAAGUAUGAGCACUUUAAGUAACUUUCUAGGAUAUGGACCGUCAUCACAUUUGCCAUUUAUUUUCAAGUGUUUCUACUGCAAGUGUUUCCACGGCACUUGGUACUGAGUGACAUGAGCCCACAGGGGGCAGACAGUAUUGUUCUCUUAACAUGAGUCCAAAGUUGCUGAACAGCCUCAAGCUCUGGGCAUCUUUGGGAUUUUGCCAACAAUGUAUCCUAUGAGUAGGUUGAGAUGAGUAGGUUGACUGGUAGAAUAAUGGUGUUCAGUAGCCAAUCACACAGGCCCUGGCCACAAGAGGGAGGUGGUUUGGUCAGAGUAUAUUCAGGAGGCCAUUCCUAGAGACCUAGAGAGAUCUAGAGUCAGCUGGGCCUUGCCUCCUAUCUCAGAUGCCAUGAACCUCCAACUUACUCAGAGUCAGGGUCUUUUGUUGUCUGUUAUUUUGCUCCAAGGGUUUUGGCCCUAAUUUAAGUCAGGAUACCAGAUCUGCAUUCUAUUCCAUUUAUAAUGUAAGUGAUACUGAUACUCAUGUUUGCCUAAUGAUAUGUUAGAAUAUUUUCUCUAUUUAAUCUGCAUUAGAGCAAGAUGGGGAGCCAUCUGGAAGUGACUUUUCCUUCUGUCUUUCUUUGUUCACUAACCACUCUGUGGGGGAAAAAAAAAUCUUUAAAAGGCAAAGAAGUCUUCCUAGAGAAGUAAUUCAAAACUGGAUGGGAAUGUCCAUCUGAGACCCCAAAACUUCUAACUUUAAUCUAAAGAAGGGCCCAAGAAGAGGCUAGAACAAAAGGAAAUGUGCUUCUGCAUGAUAGUUCAAGGGGCCCCAAAACAAGCAGGGUGCUCUAUGAUUUCCAGGGAGACACAGGGUCAGGAGGAUAUCGGUACAACCCUCGGUUCCAGAGUUAGUCUGCUUUGGAGUCCUGGUUCCACACUGCCAACUGGGUAAAUUUGAACAAAUGAUACUUUUUUAAAAUCUCAACUGCUGAAUUUCUAAAAUGCAGGUUUACCUGAUGAAUAGUAGGGAGGAUUAAAUGAGAGGGCAUAUAACCCAUGAGUUAUUCAAAUGUGUGUUUGCUACUUUCCAAAUAUGGGAGGACUUUCUAAGUUUUCAUUAUUUUUCUAGAUGAAUUGUUUUGUGGUCAGAGAAAAUGACCCAUGUGAUUUCCAUCCUUCUAGAUGUAUUGAAGCUUAAUUGUUGGCCCAGUGUGAGGUCAAUUUUGUAAAUGUUCCACGAUUACUUAAAAAAAUCUGUCGAGGACUUGGGGAUAUAGCUCAGCGGCAUGAGUGUCUGCCUGGGAAGUGCAAGGUCCUGAGUU